GUCGAUUCCUACAUCUGCCGGAUCUGCUCGCGGGGGGACGAGGACGACAAGCUGCUGCUCUGCGACGGCUGCGACGACAAUUACCACAUCUUCUGCCUCCUCCCGCCCCUGCCCGAGAUCCCCAAGGGCAUCUGGCGCUGCCCCAAAUGCGUCAUGGUCGAUUCCUACAUCUGCCGGAUCUGCUCGCGGGGGGACGAGGACGACAAGCUGCUGCUCUGCGACGGCUGCGACGACAAUUACCACAUCUUCUGCCUCCUCCCGCCCCUGCCCGAGAUCCCCAAGGGCAUCUGGCGCUGCCCCAAAUGCGUCAUGGCGGAGUGCAAGCGACCGCCGGAGGCUUUCGGCUUCGAGCAGGCGACGCGGGAAUACACCCUGCAGAGCUUCGGGGAGAUGGCCGACUCCUUCAAAGCCGACUACUUCAACAUGCCCGUCCACAUGGUCCCCACGGAGCUGGUGGAGAAGGAAUUUUGGCGACUGGUGAACAGCAUCGAGGAGGACGUGACGGUGGAGUACGGCGCCGACAUCCACUCCAAGGAAUUCGGCAGCGGUUUCCCCAUCAGCGACGGCAAAAGGAAGCUCUCGCCGGAGGAGGAGGAGUACGCUGGCAGCGGGUGGGACCUGAACGUGAUGCCGGUGUUGAAGCAGUCGGUGCUGUGCCACAUCAACGCCGAUAUUUCGGGGAUGAAGGUGCCCUGGCUCUACGUGGGGAUGGUCUUCUCCGCCUUCUGCUGGCACAUCGAGGACCACUGGAGCUACUCCAUCAACUACCUCCACUGGGGCGAGCCCAAGACGUGGUACGGGGUGCCGUCCUUCGCGGCGGAGCACCUGGAAGAGGUGAUGAAGAAGCUGACGCCGGAGCUUUUCGAGAGCCAGCCCGACCUGCUCCACCAACUCGUCACCCUCAUGAACCCCAACACCCUCAUGGCCCACGGCGUCCCCGUCGUACGCACCAACCAGUGCGCCGGCGAGUUUGUGAUCACCUUCCCCCGGGCGUACCACAGCGGCUUCAACCAGGGUUACAACUUCGCCGAGGCCGUCAACUUCUGUACCGCCGACUGGCUGCCCGCCGGCAGGCAGUGCAUCGAGCACUACCGACGUUUGCGACGUUACUGCGUCUUCUCCCACGAGGAACUCAUCUGUAAGAUGGCGGCUUGCCCCGAAAAGCUGGACCUCAACUUGGCGGCCGCCGUUCACAAGGAGAUGUUCGUGUUGGUGCAGGAGGAACGGAAGCUCCGCAAAGCGCUGCUGGAAAAGGGUAUCACGGAGGCGGAGAGGGAAGCGUUCGAGCUGCUGCCCGACGACGAGCGGCAGUGCGACAAAUGCAAGACGACGUGUUUCCUCUCGGCGCUGGCGUGUUACGACUGUCCCCA